AGUCCAGAUAAGGAGAUGGUGGAUCUCACCGAAGCUCACAUAGAGGUUCCCGAAGCUGAGAAGGAGGUCCCUUCUGCUGAGGAGGAGCAAACCAAGCAGGGUCUGACGAGGAAGAGGCGCCACUCGACCUUGGGCUCUACUUCGACCUCGGCCCUGGAUAGACUGAUCCACGCUGACCCUUGCUCGGAUGUUCCGCUGAAACGGAUCCCCGAGGAGGUAAGGGAGGCGAUGGCUCGCUAUGCUAGAGCCCCGGUUUUGGGGGAGAACCCCAUGGCUCACGUGGGAUCUUUGGUGGGUCCCGAAGCUGCACGGGAGAAUCUUCUUCGGGCCAACCCGCAGUGGAGGGUUCCUGGAGCUGAGGAGAGGAACCCAGCUAUGAUGGCCCAAUAUUAUCUGAAUGAGGCUGUUUUCUGGUCCUCGUUCGCUUCCGAGUGUAGCUCGGUUGAGGAGAGGCAACUGAGGAGGUAUCAGGAGGCUUAUGCUCGUGAUAUCCCUGUCUUGGACCAGAAGGCUGGGCGGCUCAUGGCCGAGAUGGUGGAGAUCAAGCAACUGUACCUUCAGUACAGUCGUGAGGCUAGGGAAGCGGCGGAACAGAUCGGGGCCGAAGUUGGGAAGCUCACUUUCCAGGUUGAAGAGGAUGCUGAAAAGAUAGCUUCCUUCGACAGGGAGAGGAGAGAAAUGGCUGCCAAGUUUGCGAGCGAACUUGAAGAAAAAGACAGUCUUCUCAAGGAGAUGACGUCUAAAUUUGAGGCGGCCAUUAAGCAGAGCCAGGAAGCGGAGGCGAGGCUUCAGCAGUUUAUCAAGCACCGGGAGAUUGUUCAGAAUCAAGCUGACAAGGUGCCCGUUCUCCAGCUGAAGAUCCGAGAGAAGGAUGCUGCCAUUCGGAAGUUGGAGCAAGAGACCAAAAAGGAGGAAGACAAACUUACUAAAGCACGGUGGAUCUGUGGUGAGCCGUCGAUGGUGGAUUGUGGCGAUAAUGUUCAUAUGAAGCUGCUAGAGAAGGACACUCAAAUUAUUGAGUUGGAAUACAAGAAGAGUUUGUUUUUGGGAAAAAUUAAGAAAUUGCAAACGAAGAAGGAAAAUCUAGAAGAGGAUGUGCAGGAGAUGAAGAACAAACUAUGUCAUAUGCGCAUUGAAGUGAUGAAUUGUACCAGGAAUGAGAAGAAUUUGUCUCUCAUUUUGAUGUUCUCAUGGCUUAUAUUUGCUGUUUUGGCCAUGUAUAUUGAGAUAGAUUAUGUAGGAAGAGUUUAG